ACCGAACUUCACACUAGGGGCAUAUGGCUUACCUUCAACUGGCAACAGUAGAGGAAACAAAGCAUGCCAUAAAAGCACAUUCAUAGGGCACUUCGUGCCUGGAGCUGUGAUGCAAGCCCCCUGGCGCUUAUACGAGAUGAGGCGGCUCGAAGAGCGGUCGUUUUCGGGGAAGCAUACCCUGCAGCCCUUCGGCCUUGUGCACUUGGGGAAGCACGCGAAUGCACUCUGGCCUUCGGCCCUCUGCCUGCUGAACUUAGCUUCCGUUUGGGCAUGCGUCCUUGGAUUGCUGUUGCAUAUUCUGCUCCUGUAGCAGCAGCUACUGCUGUGUUUUUAAUUUAUCCUAUUGGACAAGGAAGCUUCUCUGAUGGAAUGCCUUUGGGUAUUUCUGGAACUUUCAAUUUUAUGAUUGUUUUCCAAGCAGAACACAAUAUAUUAAUGCAUCMUUUUCAUAUGCUAGGUGUARCUGGUGUUUUUGGCGGCUCUUUAUUUAGUGCUAUGCAUGGUUCUUUAGUAACUUCUAGUUUAAUCCGUGAAACUACCGAAAAUGAAUCUGCUAAUGCAGGUUACAAAUUUGGUCAAGAAGAAGAAACUUAUAACAUUGUAGCAGCUCAUGGCUACUUUAAUCGCUUAAUCUUUCAAUA